AUGCUGCCUGGCUAUGAUGUCUUCGGAAAGAGUGGCUUUGACCUCGAUCCAAAGGUGGUCGAGUCUGGAAUUCAGAGAUGCGCGCGGGAACAUGGAAUUGCUUUGUGUGUUGGUUAUGCAGAAAGCAUCAGAGAGGCAGAAAAGCAGCCUGGCAAAACCCACUGGAAUACUGCUCUUCUCGUCGAUCACCAGGGUGCUGUGGUGAUGCGCUACAGGAAACACCACUGCUGGGGAAAUGAGGGAAACCUGGGACUCCAAGAGUCUUCGGACAGCUUGAAAGUUGCGAGCUUGAAGCUUCGCGAUGGGGCGCAGAUCUGCGUCUCCAUCCUCAUCUGCUAUGAUGUAGAGUAUCCCGAGAUGGUCCGGAUUUUAGCGCUACAAAAGGCCGAGCUGAUCUUGGUUCCCACUGCACUGCCCUACACAGAGCCGAACGUAAGCCUGAAGAUCAUUCCGGCCACCGCGAUGCAAAACCGCCUGUUUGUGGCGUAUUGCAAUCUUCCUUGCUUGCCCCGCGUUUGUGGCGAGUAUUUCGCGGGCCAUUCUUGCGUAGCAGGGCCUGAUGGCAACCACUGGGCCGGUCCCAUGGGCUGGAGUGACGAGGGGCUGCUGCACUGCAAGGUGGGGUGGACCAAACAGCUUGCCUACCUCACGCAGGAGACCCCGUACCUUUGCGACCGCAAGCCAGAGUUCUAUGCCAGCCAGGGCUUGUGCCAGCCAGCAGUUGACAAGAAGCUCUCCUCCUACGAGGAAUUCUACGGCUGCGGGCUAUAG